AAUAGCCAGGUCAGUACUCACUGAACUAAACGCCGAAGUGACGGCCCUUAAAAAGCGCUUGGAAAUACUUACGCUACGCAGACAGAUAGAAGAACUGGAGCGCCCUCCCAAUAGUAGACGACAAGGUCGCCUGGAAUUCGGCGAUAUUGAGCACGCUCUGCCUAAAUUUAAUGGCGACGACGUAGCCUAUCACGUUCGCCAUUUUCUGCGAGAUUUUGAGGAAAUAAUGGAGUCCUCAGGGGCUGACGACAAUUUUCGCUUGCUUGCCCUGCGCCGAUCCCUAACAGGCACAGCGAAGGUAUUUUUAUCGACCACGGCCGCCCUAAAUUACCAGGCGCUAAAAGCAGCGCUAUCAAGCGAAUUCGACGCGGGAAUCACAAGGCAAGAAGUGUACAAAAUGCUGUCGCAGCGACGCUGGAAGAGGAAAGAGGAGACGCUCCACUGCUACACGCUAACCAUGCAGGCCAUUGCGAAGCGCGCCAAUAUCGCCGAUACGGAGCUGAUAGACUUCAUAAUAGACGGCAUCGGGAACACUACCCCGCAUGCCCACAUCCUGAUGACGGCACGAAGCGUAGAGGAAUUAAAAACCCUUAUAAACCGGUACCAACACAAAUAUUUCGUGACCGGGGCGGUGCAGCCAUCUAACCAGCGGCAGACAACGGCGCCGAAACAAACGGACGAUUCGAAGCUGAAGUGUUUCAACUGCUCCCGGAACGGGCACAUAAAACCAAACUGCCCAUUCCCACUAAGACCGGAUGGUUCCUGCUUCAGGUGCUGGAAGAUGGGCCACGACCAUCGCUCAUGUCCAUAUCCAGCAAAGCUUCUGAAGAGACGCGAAGUAGCCACUGUCGCCGAGGAUGAAGACGACCAACCAGGUGCAAUUGGCGCUUUUAACUCUUCCGAUUAGUUUUGUAAAGGCAUCACUGGUCCCAAAACAACUAGGGAAAAAACAUAUGGUUGAUAGAGGCCCCAGUUAUAAAGGCAUCGGUGGAAGCAAAAUUAAAAUACUUUAUAAAAUGAAAUGUACAAUUGAAUUCUUGAACAAAAAAAAACGAAAUUGAAUUAAAUGUUAUUGAAGACAAAAGCAUAAAUUUGCCAGUUAUUUUGGGACGUGAUUUCCUCAAUAAGUUUAACAUUUGUCUGACUAGCGCAACAGAUAGUUCCACUAAGAAAAAAUUGCUCGAAAUAAGAAAUGUUAACGACCAUAGUUUGUAUAAGUCUGAGAAGUUUGUAACUGAUCCCAACGCACACUUCCCUAUGACGGAGUGAUCGAGGCCCAUCGAAUGAGAACGUGGCGGCAGCAACCGGAAGUGUGCGUUGAGGAUACAGAUCAGGACCCAUUAGCGAUUAGUUGAGUGAUUUUAUUCUGAUCGAGGCCGAUCUUGUGUCAGGUUUGGCCGAGUUGUAACAUUGGAUAAAACAAUUUCAUUCAGUUAAGUUUCGGAGUCGGUAAUGCAACCCUGCUCCUACUAGUUUAAGUAAAUUAUUGUAAUGCAACCCUGUAAAGAAAAUGAAUAAAGAGAAAAGGAGGAAGAUGGCGGUCACUUCCUUUUGAGCGAAAGAAUAGAGGAAACGCAUUAAUUGACUAAAAAUUCAAUCCGCGGUAAUCCGCUAGCUAAAUCCAAGGUAAAUAGCAAUUUUACAAAUGUGAAUGUUUCCCUACAACGUCGUGUGUUGUGUUUGGAAGCGGGUUUUAAAGAUAAAAAAUGAUAGUGACACUAAUUUUUAAAACAAAAAUCUGCGGUGAUUACUACAAAAGCCCGGGAACUGUUUUUGCCGUGAAAUAAGCAAACCAGUGAAAAGAGGACCGAAGGCGACUUAGUGUAUACAAACGGGCAACAACAAGGCGAUAUGCCCGACAGCGACAAGUGCAAAGGCGCAAUACGGGGAGAGACGUUGUUUCGGUGCGAAGGAGUGUGCGGAAGAGCUUAUCACUCAGAAACAAAAUGCUCGGGCAUAGACAGUUUUAAAGCAACAGUGAUUGGGACGCAUCCAAUAGUUAAAUUCAUUUGUGUGGAGUGCGUUACAUACAUACACAAUGUUGAUUUAGUUAUACGUGAUAUUCAAGAAAAUGUGCACAAAAACAACACAUACUUCAGAGAAUAUAAAAGUGAGUUUGAAGAAGCGUUAAAAACAAACCAAAUGGAAAUGAAACAACUACUGGUGGAAAUGGAAAAACGGUACAACGAAAGAAUCGAAGCUCUAAGAGCACAGUACGAAGAGUUUUCCAAAAAAGCAGUGGAGGUUACCAAGGUAAGGGAGGCAGCAGAGCAGCUAAGAAAACAAACAGAGGCGAUCGGGAAAGAGAACGUAAAAUUCUGCAACGAAAUGAGGAAAAUGGUAAAGGAAAAUAAUAACGACAUACGACAGCAAAUGUCAUAUGCAAACGCGGUAAAAUUGAACAAGCAAGCAACCAAGGAAGUACCGGAAAUAACGAAGCGAACUCCUAUUAUUGUGAAGCCAAAAACAAAACAAAAUAGUGAAACAACUAAAAUGGAUUUGAACAGCAAAAUUAACCCUGAAGAUAUCCAAUAUCAAAACUGGUAAAAAUGGAAUAAUGGUUACUGAAAGUGCAAAUGAAGUAAAGCGAGACAAAAUUAAAUCAAUA